GCMCAUCUCCAGCAUCGAUCAGUAGUUUUUCGAUCCAACAAAAUAAUCGACCCAUCAAUUAACCUUACAGCUGCUGCCGAAACAGAUAAGCAGCAUUCGAACGAGAAAAGCGUAUACGUACGGGCUCCGACCGAGCUCGGUAUUGAAAUAAAAUGGCAAGGAGUGCAAACAAAACMAGAAAGAAGUCGAUCGAACCAAAACGGAAGGCCGUAGCUACUAGCACUACAUCUAAAUCGACUUCCUCAUCUCUGAAUCGAAUCGUAGUUGGAGGUCAAUUGCUUGGAAGUCGUUCGAAACCUUUCUUAGAUAACCAGAGCAAUGUUGCAUCGUGGAAUACUUUCGAACCGAUCAUAACACCUGAAGUGACUUGUGAUCAACGAAAAAAAACUGAACGUUUUGUCCUCCUCCCACAUUCUCGAUACAUAAGUGUCUUGUCGUACAAAACUGGGAUCAAGGUCGGAACUCUUGUUCCUUCUCUCAAAGACGAUAGCAACGAGAAGAAUGUCAUAAUUGAAUGCGUUAGUAUGGUCAAAUAUCAACGAAAUGUAUCGGAAACAACAGUACAAGAUGUGCUWGAUAGAAUGGACUUAGAAGACGACGACGAAAUUGACGGAAUUGAGGGGACGAGCAGUUCAGUGGAUGAAACUCUGAUCAUGGUAGGAUGUCAUGACGGUAGUGUUCGUGAAUUCUCACUACGAGAACUGGGGAACAAUCACGGCAAUGCYUCGAAGCAGGUUGAUUUGGGACCAUACAGUAUUUCGGGUUCAUGCUUUCAUCCGCGCCGUGUGAUUCGCGUUCUCAAGAAAGAUCCCAUUGCGCACAUGACAGUACCACAUAUCAGAACUCCACAGAUUAGAAAGGAUGGUCUUGUAAUGUAUGUUGCUGCAAGAAGACUUGAACGAAAAGAGGAAGAAGAGAAGGAUCAUCCAUCAAAGAGUACAAGAGUGAAGUCUCAGAAAAAAGAUAUGUCCUUUACUUUUGAAGUCAUACGAGUCCUUGUACCGCAUUUCGAUGGAUCUACCAGAGAUGUCCGUUUGUCGUCGYCCAAAGAAUCGAUGCGCUCACUUGAUAAGUUCAAGUGCAAGGUUAGUGCGAACAAAAACAAAAAKUACGCUGACAUGCUUCCUUUUCGGAUGAUGUCUGCGGCCAAAGCUCUCUCUGGAGACAACARCAAUACAAACACAGACAAUAUCUCGAUUUUUGUCAUAYUAGCAAGAGCAGAUUCAAUCUCAGUCUACUAUGACCAGCUCCAUGCGUUGGAGGCUUACGCGCCCAUGUCCAUUGCAAUGCCAUCAAAUAACCCCCUCACGGUUGCCAGCAUCUCGCUGAACAAGGCUGAUAUAACGUGUGGCCAUCACCAUGGUAACAUCUGUGUCAUGAAUAAUAUAUUGAAUGAUAUUGAACUGUAUCACAUAGCAAUGAAGAAGGMAAAACGACUAACAGGAGAUUCGUCAAUAUCAACAUCAMAAACAGUAAUUUUGCCCCCAGAUCCCAGAAAGAAUAUGAUCACUAGCAGGGUACAUUGGCAUGCUCUUCCUGUUACAAGCAUUGUCUACGACGCUAUGAGUUAUCCGAUGGAUCCUUUGUUGUACAGUGGAGGAGACGAAAGUGUUUUGGUCACAUGGCAAAUUUCACAGGGCAGGGAUCGUCCUGUACAUGUGCAUCCACGUCUUGCACUUGGAGGGAUUGUUCACUUGUCGUCUUCUGACAGGUGCGAUGACAACCCCGCAAGUGGAAUUCUGGUCUACUGCGAGGACAACACCCUACAGCUUCUCGAAUCACAUAACAAGGGGUGCGUGUGGAAGGUUCAGGGACUUGCUUGUGCACAGAAUGAGAGUACCAAGGGUUCUCUGCAUGCAGACCCUCGCUCUGAUGGACAGAAAAAUUCACAACUGGUUGUCACUGGCUUAACGCAAGCACCGGGAUACAUUCAUUGGUUUGAUCCAAGUAGGGAAAGGCUAGCUUCUUCACUCGAAGUUGUUCCCUUUAAUCGCAUUAGUAAGACCGAACCUGAUGAAAGUCCUCUGCCGAAACCUUCGAUCACAGCUCACGUUUUCAGUGGGAACGGUGAAGACCUAAUUACCAUUGAUGAAUCUCAGACUGAAAAUACCUACAUCGGAGCUCUUGAUGAACCAAUAAAGAGCAUUGAAUAUGGGACCGUAAGCACAAUUCGUUUCUGGUCUUGGAAUGAUUCUUCUUCGACUAAAAAUGAUUCUGCACCUCCAUACAAUGAAAUCGCGUCGAUGACAUACCCGCACGGACCUAAGAAUCGUAUAUCUGCCAUUGAUAUGUCUAAGGACGGUUCCUUUGCAUGCACCGCCAGUUGCAAUGAGAAGGCAUUUCGUGUUUGGAAAAAGAUURUUGGAAGCAAUAAAUCAAUCUCAUGGGCUUGUCGCUACAAGGUGAAAAUUCCUGCCGGAUUUUCCAACUGUUCCAUUAGAGCAAAUGGUCUCACAUUUUCAGAUGACAAUUCUCUCCUUGUCAUUGCUUUUGGGCAGACUGGGACGAUCUGGGACACGGACGGGGCACGUUUAUUGACCACCUUCGAUCAUUUCCAAGGGAAUAAUGACAUCGAAUUCGUGCAGUUCAUAAGUCCAGGUCUUCACAAAGACCUCUUGUUGAUUCAGUCAAAAUCAUGCGUAUCACUUCGCUCUCCUUAUGGUCCUUACGGAAGUUCAAGAAGCUUUAAAGGUUGGAAUUGGUCAAGUCAGAAAAAUUGUAUCAUAACAGCAGUGGAAUUCAUCGAAAGGCUGGGGUGCAUUGCGUUGGCCGUAUACUCUGCUGUCGAAGACCAAAGUCGCGUUGUUUUCGUUGACAUCAAUACCGGAAGAGAAGGAGUCAAUGAUAGAGAGUUUUCGCUCWGCUCGGUUGAAAACAUUGAUGGGCGUAUAAGUUCACUCUGUGCGGUUGGAAAGCAGCGCCUGAAAUCAAAUUGGGACAACACGACACACAAGGGGGCAAAAUCUCCUUUAACAUUGUAUGCGUUGACUAGCAUUGGUGASCUGAUGCUGAUAACAGAAAAUAGGUCAAAUCAUCAGAAUACUGCCACGUCAAAUGAAUCUUUCAUGGCGACUGGACCUAGACUGGAAAUUSCCUCAAACGAACACAGCAGACGAAAACGACAAAGAACAAACAGUUUUUCAGCUGCAACAUCUGGUUCAGGAGAAUUCUUCCGACCUAAGAAGUUGGCCCUUGAUAUUUUUGGCUUUGGUGCGAACAACGAUUCAACUUUGGUUCCUUCUACUGCAGAGCUACCAUCUCUCAGUGCUAAUUUUGUCAAGACUUUUGUAGGGCGCAAUCUUCGUAAAAGUAUAGAAUAAGUUGAUCAAUUUCUUUUAUAAACUCUGCUGGGCGUAUAUUGAAUGUAUCUUUCAAGAUUUAUGYAUUCUUCUCGGUAGUGGUGUGAGUGUUUUUGGGGGGCAUUUUUUCUAUCUUCCAGUCAUCGAUCCAGCGACACAAAAAGCAUCAGCAAAUGUAGUGAUGAUUAUUUGCAUAAUCGCCUUACCAAGCCAAAGAGCGAGUUGAGCUAGUGGCUCGCGCACCAGAGGCAAGGAGGUUGCCGACGCGAUCCCCYAUCGUUUCAUCCUCCGGAAGAUUUUCCAAGUGGAUGAAAUUUCGAUAUACUCGUCUGCUGUUUAGCAAGAUUUCCUGAACAUUAUCUGUUGUGAACUCUGGAUCCUGAGUAAUCACGGGAAAUGCUGUCAUGAUCAUCUGUUUCGUGAGUUGUGGAUAUGUAUGCGCCAUGUAUCUGCACGUGAUUAUUGCAAGAAAAGUGAUGAGUUCAUAACCGAAUCUGGGACUAUUAUACCAGACGAAGAGUCAGAUAGAUUCAUGUUUAUACUCACCCAGAAUUAUGUAGAUAGKCAGCAAACCAUUUACCAAGCUCUGCAUUCGCUUUCUCAAUUAACUCUGGAUCUGCGUCGUAUGCCUUGUUCACCGAAGCUAAAAGUCCUUGAAGAUCAUCGCUAUCGUUUGUCAAGCGAAUGUAAUGAUCAGUCAUGUUCAUCAAAAAGGAGUAAUCAUUUUUCGCUUGCGCCCGUAACUCAGGCACUCGCGCUUUGUCUGACUCAAAAGUACCUGGAGAGACAAUGAGAUACGGUUUUCCCUUCAAUCUACGGAUCUCAUUCAAAGUGUUCAUYUCCUGAAUACUAAUCAUCUCUCCUUUUAGCGCUUUUUCAACUAGUUCUUCGUCCUCGAAUUUCAAAGGUUUGCUCUCGGGAGGAAUAGCUUUUGGUGGGAUUCCUAAUCCUUUCUUAAACAUGAGCGGCAGGUUGAUAAAUACUGCAGCAAAACUGAUACCARCRCACGUCCAAAUGGUAGGUUUUACCCCCAAUAUGUCGGCCAUCAUGCCAAAUAGAAAUGGUGUAGUGGAUGUAGCUAAGUUCAUCACCAUGAUAUUCACACCUUGAACAAACCCCCUUUUGUUAAGUGGUGCAAUGAAAUCGAGCAUAGGUCCAGUCGAAAGCUGUGAAAUUACAGUGAACGGGAAAAAGAUGUAAAGAAGUGCAACGAAUGCCCCAAACGUGCCUGACGUCGGAGGGGCCAAAGCUAUGUACAAAAGGACAAUCAUUGCGAUUCCCGUGAUAAUAUUUCCCAGGAUACAUCCACCAGCUGGACCGAGCUUUCGAAAGACGAAAGGAGAAACAAAAGUACCCGGUAUCACAGCCACUGCAACAAGAGUUGAAAUCCACUUGUAAGCAACUUGAGACAUUAUUGGCGUCAGACCUUGAGCUAUAGGAUCCCCAUAGAAUACGUUGAAAGCUASAGGAGACAAACAAAGGGCUGCAGGAGAGUCGGGAGAAGAAAUAGUUUAGGGUGACAUGAUAAUUCUUGGUGCUAGGCGCCACAUCUCGUUCGAUGAAUACUUACGAACGAGGCCCGCACUUCCUACAUUGUCGGCCAAUGCCCCCAGGACAAUAAUGAUAAGUGUACCAUAGUUUAGGCUCUCAGGAGGUUUCUCUUCAUCAUCRUCGUCGUCCUCGCAGUUUCCAUCGGAAGGAGAAAUCGUUACUGGUUUAACGAUUGUUCCAGGUUCGAUGAGACAGAAGGUUGCUGCAAUAGCGCUGACUGCCAUGAGGGCUAUACCGGCCCAUAGCCUACCAUUGCAAACCAGGAAGAAAACACGUUAGAAAUAAAAGAUCCGAAAUUGUUGCAAGAAUACGGUAUAAGAUUUUGAUGUACACUUGAGCAACGUACGGUGCAAAUAAUCCUGUGUUCUCCAUUAGAAUGGCAACGAUCCCCCCUCCACUAGUUCCAAGCAUGCUAUGAACAACGGAGGUAUAAGAGAACAUAUGAUAUUCAAGUCAAAAAAUWUAAACAUGAGUU